GAUAAAGAGGAGCCUUAAAGACCUACUGCAGGCCUAUUUGCUGUUCCAGCAUCACCACUUGCUUGUGCGCUUGGAGGUACCAUAAGGAUUUAACCACAGCUGUCUGGCUCAGGAUUAUUCAACGGUGAGAGAUAAUAAAAAAUGUGGAAAAUGGCAUCAGUUGUAAUCAUUUUGAUUCUAGGCUUUUCUUUUCAGUCCACAAGCUCUUACUCUCUGAGUCCCCAACACGCACUGCAAGACACUGACUCAAAAGGCAGCUUUGUCCCUGAACACAAUUCAUAUGCUGAAGACAGCAUAUUUGACAAAGACGACACAGCAUACUUGUUGGUGGACCCAAUGGACAACUCUGAGAAGUCUGAUCGCAAGUUGCCCGCCCUUCCCAAAGAGGAACCCACAAAGAGAAAGAGAGACACGUUUUGGAUGACACAGCUAAACCGUGGUGGGAGGUUCCGACGGGCAACCACAGAUGACAUAGAGGGUUCUGGGAUUGAUGGCUCACCCACCAUCACAGCUACCACUGUUGCAAUUAAUGCCCCAACAACGGGUAUCACAGCAACCACUGCACCACCUACCACGUCAACUACCCCAACUACCACUACCACCACAACAACCACUACACCAACUACCACUACCACCACACCCACCACUACUACCACUACCACCACACCCACCACUACUACUACUACCACCACACCCACCACUACUACCACUACCACAGCAGCCACCACUACUACUACUGUAGCUCCUCGGCCCCCUCCCACUGUUGAGGUAGCGCUUGUUAUCAUUGUGGUAUAUCAGCCGGCUCUCGCCAACCCAGCCAGUCCAGAGUUCAAGCAGGAAGCAGAAAAGGUUGAAACUCAGCUCUUUGUGGUCUACAGUCAAAAAUAUGGAUCACGGUUCGUGCGGGCCAUAGUGAUAGCCUUCAGUUUGGGAGGAAGUCGGACGGACAACGUAAAUACAGACGUGGAGCUGGUGUUCAACGAGGCCUCCACAGAGCCCCUUCCUCAGAGCACCGACGUGGUGCAGACCUUAACAGACGCCGUUAACGACCCGUCAGCGACAAACUUCACUUUGUCUGUCGAUGCCUCGUCCAUCCAAGUCACUAGUGCUCCAAAAUCAAAAGGCAUGCCCUCGUUCCGCACCAAUGAGACGUUCACCUCUGACCUGUUGUUGUCAACCUCUGCGGCCUUCCAAUCCAAAUGCUCAAGCGUCAAGAAAGAGCUCGAACCAUUCUUCAUCGAAGACUUCCCAAACAACUUUACCAGCCUGGCCUGUACUGCUUUCAGCAAUGGCUCCAUCAUCCAUAUGACGGACAUCACAUUCACGUCCAAUUCCACAAUGCCCUCCGAUAGCCAAAUCAUCGCCACGCUCACCAAGGCAGCGGUUAACGGGACCCUCACUUUCACCAUCUUGGAAAUCAACGGCACAGCGGUCUCCAGUGCAGAAGUCAGCAGUAGAGUCAACCUCCUCAGUGCGUGUGGACUCGUCCUCCUGUCUCUGGCUGUGUCCCGGCCUUGGUAGUCAACUUGACAUUUGACCUUGACCUGUCACCUUUGACCUUGACUGAGAAGAUGAAGAGCUCGUGAAGAGGAAUCAACUCAGCUCCGCCCCCUAGACACGGAGGAGCCUUGUUGUGCAAUGAUUUGCGCAAUAAGUCACAAGUCUUAACAUUAUUUCAAAUGAAAUGCACUUAAAUUAUAUACAUAUUUAUUGCUUUGGUGUAUUUUGUAACCAUGAAGGAUAAUAAUAUUCAUAGCGUUUUCUGAGAUAUUGUAUUUUGUUUAUUGAAAAUACUUUCGUUGAUGAGUUGCAUAUACAAAAAGCUUAUUUAUUCUUAAGAGAGAGGACUUCUAUGUUGGUAAAAUUGAUAAGAUACCACAUAUGUCCUGCACUAUCACCUUUGCCUAAUACUCAGCAGUAUAGUUAUGUCUGUGUUAGGUGUGUUAGGAAUCUCAUCUAAAUCGCUGCUGGUCAGCUAUUCAUGUUAAAUAUUCAAAUAACUUACCAUAUACCUUAACCUUAAAUGUUCAAAUGGCUUACCACAAACCAAACUCCCUCUAUGCCAAUGACUUGUUUUGCUUUCACGAAGGCGAUUAGGGUUGGAGAAUAAAAAAAGACUGUGGAUCACCAAGUAGAAUAAACAGAGUAUGCCACGUCACAUGGGCCGAGUAUGCCACAUGGGCAGUCAUGGGUAAGCGGUUAGGGUGUCUGACUUGUAGCCCAAAGGUUGCCAGUUCGACUGCCCAGGAAUUAACCAGUGCUCUCCCCCAUCCUCUUCCAUUACUGAGGUAGCAUGGUAUCGUCUCGCCGCACUACUCCCUUUCGAGUGCCAUUUGGGGCUGCCCCCCUUGCACGGGUGAGGCACGUAUGAACAGAGAACUGAAAAAAGGCCUCCACAGGCGUCAUACUGUCCAGUCAAACAUGUUGUGUGUAUAAUGGUGACAAUCACUAUGUUUACAUUAAGUUUUUAAUUCCGAAUUAGUAAUCAGCAUUAAAUAGUUCCGUCGAGUUCACUUUGAUCUUUCUUCUAAUUCCCAAUUAUGAAGUGUUCACAUGAGGUUUUCAAAGCGGAAUUAACUUUUAUUCAGAAUGAAAGUGAGUUAAUUCGACAUUAAGCGUUCCAUGUAAACGUAUAGCCAAUGACUUGUUAUACUUUCUUAAUAGCAAGACGCAGGAGAUACAAUCUCAAGACAACACAUACAGAGUACUGUGGGAUCAAUUACACUCAAGAAGUUGUUCAAUCCGGUGUUGAAUUAACACUGUAUUGUUUACUGAGUAGAGUGUGCUUCAGACAAAUUUGCCACAUCAUUGUCAUUUUUUGUGUUACUUGGACAUGUGUAAUUAUAGUGGAAAAUGUACUACUGUAUAUUGUGCUUUAUAAAGAAAGAACAAUUACCUGCAGAACGUGUACAUCUGAUUAGGUUUUUUCUGUUGGAGAGGGAGACAGGAAGAGAGAGAAAACUUGUCUGUGGUUCAGCUCUCUAUGUCUCCUGAAUGAAUGUGUAUUUAUCAGAUCUAUCAA